CAAUGAGCCCUUGUUGUUAGGGACAUGGAUAAACUUAAUUAAAACCAGUCCAACUGGAACAACUUGGUUCACUGUUUAGAGAGGCCAUAAGACAGAUCCAAAUGUAUAGCCUAGAUACCAUCACUAAAUAUGUCACAAGCCUUAAUAACAUCUCAGCUAUUUGAAAUUGUGAAGCACAUCAUACACUAUCAUAUAGUAAGACUUAUAAUACAUUCUAUUCAAUAAACGACAUGUUAUUAUAAAAUAUCUAUAGGGCUAUAAAAUGCAAAUACUGUAAAGAACAUCGGUGGAAUAUUAUAUAAUGUGGCCGUAUAAUCUACCUAUUGUUAUAACUAGAAAAGUAAUUGAUUGGCCAAGAAUCAGUUUUGCAUUGCAGUGAUUUCCCGAGAAGUGGUCAGUCAAUCCACAGGUCUACUGAACCCCCAACGCUGAUUUGUGGCUGAAACUGACUGGGUCACUUUCUUGUGUAGACCACUAACUAAAAACAGGACAAAAUUGUCACAGCAAGUUCAAUCCCAAACCUUGGUAGGAUGGAUUAACCUCUAGAUUUGCCUGACUGGACACUCGGCAGGUGUCGGCAGCACCCAAUGUCCUUUCUACGUGAUGAGUGUGACCUGAGGAAGACUCUGGAUUUGUUAGACCGAACCGCUAACACCUCUGGACUCUUCCACCCAAGUAUCUCCCUCUGUUUGCCACUCGUACGGCACGGGGACUGACAUGAAGAAUGUGUCCCAGUGGUCAACGGAGGACGUGCGACAGUGGCUGACCAAUGAGGGAAUGCAGGAAUACUCUGAGGCCUUCCGCCACCUGGACGGCCAGGGCCUCCUGCAGCUCUCCAAGGCGGACUUCCAGACGGCCACUCUGGUCCUUGUCACCUCGGACACAGGCAGACAGCUUUUGGACAAGAUGGAGACUCUCAGAAUAGAGCACCACAUUGAAGCACAUAAAAAUGGGCACGCCAACGGACACUCCAUCUUGACCGUCAUCAAUGAGGUAAAUGGAAACAAGCCCAAGAGUAAUGGUCUGAUCAAUGGGUUUCACAAGGAACGGGUUCAGAUCCCCAUGCCUGAGAUCAACCGCUCUCCGUUCCCUGAAGAGUGGGGGAAGACUGCCGUGGCUUGCAUCUACGCCAUGGUCUGCUUCGUCUGCACCACCAUCAUUAUCUCCGUGGUCCACGAACGCGUGCCUCCCAAAGAGGCUACUCCGCCCCUGCCAGACAAGUUCUUUGACUUUUUUGACCGAGUAGACUGGGCUUUUUCCAUAUGCGAAAUCAACGGCAUGCUACUGGUCGGCCUGUGGCUACUACAGUUGACACUGUUAAAAUAUAGGUCCAUCGUUGGUCGACGUUUCUUCUUCAUCGUUGGCACACUGUACCUAUACAGAUGUAUCACCAUGUACAUAACCACACUCCCUGUGCCAGGAAUGCAUUUCAAGUGCUCUCCUAAGCUGUUUGGUGACUGGGAGUCCCAAAUGCGGCGAGUCAUGAAGAUGAUUGCAGGAGGAGGCCUCACCAUCACUGGCUCGCACCACAUGUGUGGGGACUACCUUUACAGUGGCCACACAGUCAUGCUGACACUCAGCUAUCUCUUCAUUAAAGAAUACUCUCCAAAACGGUUCUGGUGGUACCAUUUGAUCUGCUGGCUGCUCUGUGCUGUAGGCCUCUUCUGCAUUCUCUUGGCUCAUGACCACUACUCCAUAGAUGUGGUGGUGGCUUACUUCAUCACCACACGCCUAUUCUGGUGGUACCACACAAUGGCCAACCAACAAGCGCUGAAGGAAUCAUCGCAGAGCAACUUUUUCUCAAGGGUGUGGUGGUACCGAUUUUUCCAGUACCUGGAACAGAAUGUCACCGGCAUCGUCCCUCGGAACUACCGGAUGCCGCUGUCAUGGCCACCGGCCCAAUGGAGUCAAGUGAAGUACAGCCGUAUUGACACACAGUGCCCGUGACAGCGGGAAGUGACCCCCCCCCCCCAGGAGGACAUGAUGGUGGGUCUCUUAACAACACUCUUUAAAGUGCCACAACUAAUCACAAGAAGAUGCCCUAUCUAUUGAACUCUGAUGCUGUUCCAUCUCCCUUUAACUUUCUCCUGUAACAUACGCUCCAGUCCAACUGGCUAGUACUGUGACAACCAUCGUUUCAGCCAAAACGUUUCACAUUGGAAAACAAUCAGUCUAUCCUCUCGAGGCUACUCUGAAAGUAAUGGUUUCCAGUGGGUGGAUCGCAAGCAUUUCAAAAGUGGGUCCAGAUCUAUUUCAGCUCGCAACAGGAAAUCUAUAGUUAAAGGCUAAUAUCUCCCUCUGUAACCGGUUACUGACAUUUUAUUGAAUAAACAUGUUUGUCACAGCGAUUGGGCUGUUCCAAAAGUUUGGUGUUAUCAUGCUCAGAUGUUUUACCAAGUUUUGGUUCAAAAUAGCUUUGAGGACUGACCUGUCUUGAAGCAGGAGGCGUUUUUUGUAGUGACUUACAUUUUUGUAGUUGUCUAAAAUAAGCUUGGCCAAGGUGUAAACUAUUUUCUAAGCAUGUAACAGGUUUAUUAUUCAAAUUAAUGCUUUAGAUUUUUACAGUUAGGAGACUAGAGCAAAAAGGAGAUAAUAAAUUAGUAACAAUAUUCCUCAGUGCCUUUCUUGUUGUGAUUGUACAGUAAGUGUAUCAGUGUCCUCAUUAAUGUUGACUUGAAUGACCGUUUUUAAAGUGCUACAUCAGUAUUUCCACUUGAACAGAUAGGAGGGUGCUUAAAUGAACCUGACGCUGAUCACCGAUUACAGCAUAGACAGUUGAGCAAUUAUGACUCCAUAACAUUUUCUCCCUGUUUCUGAAUGUAAGGAAUCAUGUAAUUCUUUUAAUCAUAUCAGUGUCUUUCCAAGGCAGUCAUGUUUGCUUAAAAAAAAUAAAAUCCUCAAUAAUUUCUUAUUUUCCAUUAAUUUAUUUAUUACAUUGAUAAUUUCUUGUGUUUUUACUUGGGAUAUUGGAUUCCCAUGUCAUUUCUUGCCUAUUAUGCCAAAUAGCUGCAUUGUUUGGGCUGUCCUUUGACCCAAAUGUUAGGUCAGUGUGAUGGAGAGAGGUUAAAAGCAAGGUUUUAUUAAGUGGUCCUGACAAUUUCUCAGCUUACUGAUGAUGACUGACCCAAAUGCCCCUCUCCUCAACUUAUAUGUAUACCUCAGAAGUGUCGCCUUAACCACCCAAUGAGAAGAGCUGAUUAUGGUGUAACCAUGGAAGAAAUGAAUCCAAAAGGAAAUAAAUAAUAUUUAGCACACCUUAA